UGAUGAAGAAGACGGGACGUUAGUAGUGUUGGGAAGUCCGACUCAUUUCCCUGAAUCGGUUCUUUAGAACAGUGUAAUUCAAUGCAGCCGCUUCGCAACCCGACACAUCCGACAUCCGAACAGGUUCAAUAAACGAUCCCUUCGCGAAUCGGGCAUCACUAGAUGUUGUGGCAAAUGGUUUCUGCCGUUCUCAUGCUUUAAGACUGGAGUAAAGGAAAGAGGGCGGAGUGUGUUUGUCAUCCAAGUGUGAAGUACUGACUCCCUACCUCCGAAAAAAAGGAUUUUUUUCUCUCAUUCGAUCACGUCUGUUGUGGUCCAGCAUCAUAUUGGGAGGUGAGCAUCGGGGAUCCUACACAUCUGCUGCGCUCAUUCAAGAAGAUACAAGACCAAACCAGCAUCACUUACACAAACAACAGCAAUGCACCUUAGGGGAAAGGGAUUACCGAUACAAUAAAUGUCUUCAGGCCGGCAAUCAAGUGGUAGAAAUGCGUGGAAAUCCACAGGUGAAAAUGCUGUGCUGAUUUGAUCCAUUCCAGCUGUGAUUUCUCGCAUCAGAUUUGGUGAACUGAAGCUGGUGAGGUAAAAGAGCGGGAUUGAGGGAUAUGGCCAUAAUCUGGAUAUCGUUACUCUUGCAAGUCGGAUUUGUUCUAGGAUCAAAUUAUAGACAUGCGGAACAGGAUUGGGACCUAAAAGGAAAGCUGCUAAUUUAUAAUACGCACAGCAACGGGCAAGCGGACCUCCGGAAGCCCCAUUCGGGUUUAGCGCAAAAGAUUGAGGAGCAGGUACCCCGAGUGGUGACUGCGUUUCUGCACACGGGGGAUUCCUCCACCUUAAAGCACGCCAACUGCUCCAGGAGAUAUGAGCUGGGGGUGUUGCGGGGAAGGACGCGCGGAGACGCGAAUCACUCCAUGCGCAGCGUCCUGGACACGGUCCUCCACGCCACAAACUUCCUCAACAUGAUCCUGCAAACGAACAGGUCCAGAGAUCAGAGCCCCAGACGCGAUAUGGAGUGGUACCACGCUCUGGUCAGGAGUAUCCUUGAGGGAGACCUCAAGAUCCAUCGAGCAGUGAUCACCUUGAGCGCCGAGUUCCCUCCAGACGGGCCACCUGUUUACCUUCAGGCCACACGGGCAGGUGGAGAGAUCAUUCUCCAGGAUUUAUCCAGCACUGCCCACCAUAUGUUGAAAAACAGAACGACAGAUACAGAGUGGUACCAUGAGCAUAAAAAUAAAAGGAAGACCCAUCUCCAAAAACGUGUGCUGAGUCAAGAUUUUGCCUCUUUUGACGCGUCUGUGCGCAGUGGAGAAAGUUAUAUUACCGACAAAACUCAGAUUCACUGGUCAGCUCCGUAUUUAGAGUGUGAGAAUGGGAAUUUCAUUCCCACAUGGCUCUUGACACUGUCUGCUGGCUUCUAUGGCCUCAAACCCAACCGGAAUCCAGACUUCAGGGGUGUUGUGCGUGUGGACAUCAGCUUGCAGGAUGUGGAUAUUGAUCAGUGCUCUGCAGAUGGAUGGUUUGCUGGAACACACAGGUGCAACCUCACCACAAUGGAGUGUUUGCCCAUCCCGGGUCAUGGAUUUGUGCUGGACAAGUAUAAAUGUCACUGCAAAAACGGCUUUUAUCAUCCAAGCAGAGUUGAAGUCAAUGGCUUGAAAAAAAGGAAAGCUGGUGUGAAGGGCAUGGAGAGUUUACCACAUUACAGUGAUGUUCCAGAAAGUUCCAGCCACUGUCUGCCCUGCCAGGAAGGCUGUGAUUUCUGCAAGGACAACACGCCCUGCGUGGCCCGGGGUGAUGGCGCCCUGCGUAUGGCGGUGCUUUCCUUCCAGGGCUUGUGCAUGCUGGUGGAUUUCAUCAGUAUGGUGCUGCUCUACCAUUUCCGCAGGAACAAGAGUAUCAGAGCGUCAGGACUCAUCCUGCUAGAGGCCAUCAUGUUUGGAGCACUCCUCCUGUACUUUCCGGUGGUGAUUCUGUACUUCCAGCCGAGUGUUUUCCGCUGUAUCCUGCUGCGAUGGGUUCGUCUGCUCGGGUUUGCCACGGUCUAUGGAACGGUCACCCUCAAACUUUUCAGGGUUCUCAAGGUGUUCCUGUCACGUACAGCCCAACGGAUCCCCUACAUGACCAGCUGGAGGGUGUUACGUCUACUGUGUAUAAUCCUGCUGAUUGUGUUAUGGUUCGCAAUAGCCUGGACCGCCGCUGUUUGUCAGAAUCCAAACCGACAUCUCGCUCUCAUCACUGUGGGCUUCACCACUGAUAGGCUGCAGUUCAGCAUGUGUCUGCUGGACCGCUGGGACUACAUGAUUGCUGUGGCUGAAUUCCUGUUCCUUCUGUGGGGUGUGUAUCUUUGUUUUGCUGUGAGGACCGUCCCCUCAGCGUUUCAUGAGCCUCGCUACAUGGCCAUCGCAGUGCACAAUGAGCUCAUCCUCUCUUUCAUAUUCCACAUUUUAAGGUUCACUCUAGCCCCUGAGCUGCACCCAGAUUGGAUGCUAAUGCUAUUCUUUGCUCAUACACACUUGACAGUGACUGUCACUUUGGGGUUACUGCUUGUGCCAAAGUUCUUGUUUGCAGGUACACAUCUAAGGGAUGACAUUGCUACAGAGGCCUAUGAAGAUGAAUUGGACAUGGGGCGGUCUGGGUCAUACCUGAAUAGCAGCAUCACGUCUGCCUGGAGUGAGCACAGUCUGGAUCCAGAGGAUAUUCGGACACCAGAGGAAAUGGGCCAGCUAAGUUCUAUUAAUGGCUGUGGCGUAAGGUCUUGCGACAGUCUUUGGGAAAAACGUACCAACGAAGAGCUGAAGAAACUCUACUCCCAGCUGGAGAUAUAUAAGAGGAAAAAGAUGCUGGCCAACAAUCCUCACCUGCAGAAGAAGCGCAGCUCCAAAAAGGGCCUAGGCCGCUCUCUCAUGCGCCGCAUAACUGAGAUUCCAGAGUCAAUGGGUCGUCAGUGUAGCCGUGAGGACAAGGAACUGGGUGAACAUGGGAGUACCCGCAACAGCAUCUGUGUCCUGAGAAAGAACCCUUUUGACCCCUCACAGUCUGUUAAGCCUGCCAAAGACGAAUCCUUGAAGAGCAAAGUGUUCUCCCUUAAAAAGUCCCACAGCAGUUAUGACCAUGUUCGAGACCACAGUGAGGAUUCCAGCAGUUCAAUGACAGACAAGAUGGAAGUCGCGACCACAGAAGGCUCCCUCCUUGAAACCCUAAUGGGAAAGAAGCUUGCCAAAAAGUCCUCUGAGAAGAUUGAUACAGCCAGUGAGUCAACAGAGUCAGUUCCCUUGGUGUGCAAGUCAGCUAGCGCUCACAACCUGACAGCUGAUAAGAAACCUAUUCACCCUAGAACAUCCAUGCUGCAGAAAUCUCUAAGCGUUAUCGCCAGUGCCAAAGAGAAAACACUUGGCCUCACGGGAAAGGCGCAAGCAGUGGAAGACUCAACAAAGAAAGCUAAUCAACACAACAAGGAUGUCAAGACCUCAGCUGAAGCUGAAGAAAAGGAGGGUUAUCCAAAGAUGAUUGUCAGCCAAUCAGUGGAGUACAAGCAGACAGCUGCCAAAACCGGUAUAAUGAAGCCACAAAUGAGCGGAAGCCAGCCCUCUAUUUGCUCAGAAGCAGGCAAGGGGAAAGAUCUGUACGAUCUUUCAGAGGUGUGCCCUUGGGAACUGGAGGACUUGCCGACUCCCUCCGAAAACAAGGUCCAUAAACACGUGUCCAUUGCCCCUGAGCAGACCACCACAGUCCAUGGAAGUAGCAACAAAGCGACAAAGUCGCAAAAGCAAAAAGGCACAGAGCAGUCACCCUCUAUGGCCAGGCAUCCAAACCAGAAACUUGCAGAUAGAACAGACAUAUGUCCAUGGGAGGAAGGAAAUAUGGACCACAGUACGGCAAUGGUGUCGAAACCUAACUCCACUAGUAAGCCUGCCAUACCCCAACCCCAGUCUUCCGGUGAGGUCCCCAAAGUUCUAAAAGCUGACGUCUGUCCAUGGGACUUUGAGGAAGUGUCGAGCAAGCCAAAGGAUUCAGCUUGCUCCGCUGAUAAGAGCAGACCAAAAAAGGGCACCACAUCAGCUGAAAUCAAAGGCAAAAUAAGCUCCUCGCCUACUGAAAUCAAGGGCAAUACACCUACAGAGGGCAAAGUAAAGAGUGUUCUCCCCGAGCCUACUAAAUCCACAGGCCGCUCACUGCAGCCGCCCCCUAGUGCAGAAGUGUGUCCAUGGGACUAUGAGACUGUCUCGGGUCCAAUCUCUGAAAAGACCCCUUAUUCCCCUCAGGUUUCUAAAACAAAGGAGACCCCUGCUAUAAAGAAGGGAGCUUCCCCUGUCAGAAUAUUAGAGAAGGAAAGAGAGAACACAAAGGAUCCAGAUGAUGAUAAAAAGAAAUCAAACACAAAAUACAGGUUCACCUCUGGCAAGACAAAAGAAAGACCUGUCAGCCAGUCCACACAGGGUGAGGUUUGUCCAUGGGAUGUUGAGAGAAGUCAGGAAAUUGUCUCAAUGGAAAAACAAAAAAGCCCAAAUGUUGCAUUAGCAAAAGGCAAGCAAGCAGACGUAUGCCCUUGGGAUUUUGAAGAUGCCGCAACUGGUAAAGAAGUCAACAGGAGCACCAGUUCAUCUACUAGCAAACAGAUAAGUUCAAAUUCCAAAGGCAGAGUUACUAGUAGUGUUAAAAUGGCAGAUGUCUGUCCUUGGGAAUUUGACGACCAAUCAUCAACAAAAAAAGCAUGACACUUUACCUGAGUGAACCAUUAGUUAGUUCUCAUUAUAUGUGCUUUUUCUUUCAUAAAUACACCAUAGAAUAUAAACUUUAAUAGAAUUUUUGGUGAUUUGGAGAAGAAAAUCAACAAGUCGCACAAGCUGCCUUUCUCUUCAACCCUUUGUUUUCCCUUUGUGUUUUUUUUUUUUUUUUUUUUUUUUUGGAAUAAAAAUACAAAAAUACAAAAAUGCAACAACUCACCAGGCAUUCCAGAUUCUAAAGUAUUGGUUGAACCUUUAAAUAGAAACGGUAGUUUACAAUUAUGCAACUCUUUAUGUGCAAUGUAAACAAGAUGCCUAUACUCACCACAUGUAUACAUUUGAACCCUCAUAACAGCUGCAUCUGUAGCCCCUCCUUGACUGUGGCUUCCAUAAAAGAUUGUACAACUUCCUGUGGGUGUGGACCAUGCAUGAAGUAUCCAUUUCCUUGUUUUGAUUUGAUUCAUACAUUCUCGUUUGGUUUGAGUAAAACAUUUUUGCCAAAGAUAGCGGUGAAAUCCAAUAAAUCUAAGAACUCAAACCUCAACAGCAUAAUAGAGUACCACUACAUUUGUACAGUGAGCCGAAUAUGGCUGCUAGAAAUUAGCCUGUAGCACUUUAGUAAAGAAGAAAGACAGAUGUAAACUGGAUAUAACUCCAUUCACAUUUUCCCUUUUUUUGUCUUUUUGGCCUUGAUGUUUUAUGCCGUUCCGCAGUGAGAUCAUAUGUGCACAUUUGCAACAUUUUUUUUUUUUUUAGAUUUCUUGACUAGAAAGAAAGCUAGUAAAAAAAAUAAUAAAACAUAAACAUUUCCAAUGCUUCCAAAUUUGCUGAUAUAUUAUCCUGAAUGUGCCUAUUUAAAUAGUCCAGUCUUACUUUGUAUUGGGAGAUGUGAAACCUUUGUCAUAGCCCAUACAUGUUUAUUGAAACACUUGAUGAAAAUCAGCAUCUUAUUUUUGAAAAGAAAUGAAGUUAAGUUUUUUCUAUAUUAGCAAUGUUGCAAAAUUGUAAAUGCUUUUUUGAAUGGGGUAUGCUUGGGGAAAAGUCCACUACUGAGUUCAUGGGACCAUAGAUAUAAUUUCUCUCAGCGUAGGGCACAAUCAGUAUGGUUUCUGCCUCUAUAAUGUCUUUCCUUUUGUCAAAAUUACAAUUAGAACACUUAUCAAACUCAUAUAAAAUUCUGACCCAAUUAAGCAUCAAUUUCUUUAUCAUGUGUCUGGUAUCUUUAACAUUUUUGGGGGGUGAUUACAUCAGUUUACAAAUAAAGAUUUAGCUUUUACUAUAUUGUUACUUAUUUAUUUAUUUGAAAUUGUAUAGAUUUCUUAGAAGAAAGUUUUGAAACAUCCCCAGAGACAACUGAUGUGAAUUCAACAAUCUAUCUAUAUUAUUGUUGGAUUGUUACCAUAUCUUGUAUGCCUUCACACAUGGUAUUUGGUAAUCAGUAAUGAUGUCAAGGUAAUGGUGUCACAACACAUGAGGCAUGAACUGCUGUACAGUAAGAUGCCCAGUAAUGAAAUAUUCAUAUAAAUGUUGACAUAUUGCAAUUGCAAAUGGUUUUGACUCAACCCUGCAGUAACUAAAUGUUUUUUAAUGUAUUGACAGGUUCUUGUGUUUUGUAUGUGCACACUAUGAAUUAGCAAGAAUACAGAAGAAAAGGUCAUACCAUGUAUAUAUGUUACAUGAACCAAAGAGGUAAAAAGAAAAAAAAGAAAAUGUACCUAAAUAUAUCAUUCUUAACAUUCUGUGAAAGAAUCAAAUGAUGUCACACUCCCAUCUCUCUAAGUGGGGUAAAUUUACCAAUGAUCUCUGGGUAUCUUCCCAAGUUAUAUUAACACAGUGGGUCAUUCCUGUUCUGCACUACUUUUAGUCUUUAACCAGACUUUCAGAAAUAUGCUCCUGUCAAGCUUGACAUGAUUAAUUAUCAUUAAAGAAUUUAAGGUCAAAUGGGUUUCUUGUGGGGUGCACGAUAUAUCGGCCACCAUAUCGGUAUCGGCCGAUAUCUGCUCAUUUUUAUGUUAUCGUUAUCGGCCCG